CACAGUCGGCAUGAGAGGAAGCACGCGGCUGCUGCUGCUGAGAACACACACGCGACCAUUUUAACCCGUACUAGACUACAUCACCCAGAUUCAAGCUGUUUGUUUCAAUUAUCGCAGGCGGACAACGUGGUUGGAAAGAGAGACGGGCAGACUAUCGCGGCAGUGUCUCAACAUCUAGUGAGCCGCCUACCUAGACAGCUGCGUCGGGCAUCGUAUCGUCUUCGUGCGCGCUGCGGGCGGCAUUUAAAUCCUGUCGCUGUACACAUGUACACUGUAGACACAUGUACGCUAUGUGUGAAGGUUCGGAGAAGUUAAGGACGUCGUGGCACUUAGCUUGACGAGAUAAAACCGUCUUUCUAUGGAUUCAUUGAUUGUCAUUUUGUCAAACCACAAGGCGCCUUCCUGCAAACCCAUCUGAGUCCUACAAACAAUUUAGACCGAUCCUGUUUUAAUCAUGAGACUGCCGUUAAAGUAUCUGGACAAGAUGAGAUGUUUCCGGAAACGCUCCGCCAUUCCUUUCCUGGUGGCCCUCAUUACUUUCCUGCUCUUCAUAAACCUCUACAUCGAGGACGGCUAUGUGCUGGAGGAAGAUAAACGUCAGUUGCGAGAGACCUCCAUGCAUCCGCUAAACUCAGAGCGAUAUGUUCAUACCUUUAAAGACAUGACCAAUUUUUCUGGGACCAUCAAUGUGACUUAUCGGUAUCUUGCUGGAACACCUUUACCUCGAAAAAAAUAUCUCACCAUUGGACUAUCAUCUGUGAAACGAAAACGAGGAAACUAUCUGUUAGAGACCAUCAAGUCCAUUUUUGACCAGUCGAGCUACGAGGAGCUCAAAGAGAUCGUAGUAGUCGUCCACUUGGCGGACUUCGACCUAGCAUGGUGCGAAAGCCUGGUUCAGGAAAUCUCAAGAAAGUUUGGCCAUCACAUCAUUGCAGGCCGGCUACUGGUCAUCCACGCGCCCGAAGAGUACUAUCCAUCCCUGGAAGGGUUAAAGAGAAAUUAUAAUGAUCCCGAAGACAGGGUGCGCUUUCGUUCCAAGCAGAAUGUAGAUUACGCCUUUCUGCUUAACUUCUGCACCAACCUCUCAGACUUCUACAUGAUGUUGGAAGAUGACGUGCGUUGCUCCCGUAACUUUCUCACUGCACUUAAAAAGGUGGUGGCAUCCAAAGAGGGAUCCUAUUGGGUGAUGUUGGAGUUUUCAAAAUUGGGCUACAUAGGGAAGCUGUAUCACUCACGAGACCUUCCCAGACUCGCCCAUUUCCUGCUCAUGUUUUAUCAGGAGAUGCCUUGCGAUUGGCUGCUCAUCCAUUUCAGAGGUUUGCUGGCCCAAAAGGAUGCGAUUCGCUUCAAACCCUCUCUGUUUCAACACAUGGGCUACUAUUCGUCCUACAAGGGGGCGGAGAACAAACUCAAGGAUGAUGACUUUGAAGAAGACUCGCUCGAUAUUCCUGACAACCCACCUGCCAGUCUUUACACGAACAUAAAUGUAUUUGAGAGCUAUGAUGCCGCCAAAGCGUACAGUAGUGUUGAUGAGUACUUUUGGGGCAAAUCUCCCUCCACCGGGGACUUUUAUGUUAUAGUGUUCAACAAAGCAACGAAAAUCAGCAAAAUGAAGAUUGUCACCGGAACAGAUGAUCGGCAGAAUGACAUUUUGCAUCACGGAGCUCUGGAAGUGGGGGAGAAAUUAGUAGGAACCAAGAAGGGAAGGCAAUGUUCCUCCUAUAUAACUUUAGGGGAGUUCAAAAACGGAAACAUUGAGGUUCACGAUGUGGACCGCAAAAUAGCUUUUGAUAUCGAAUGCGUUCGCAUCGUUGUAACAGCGAGUCAGAAAGAAUGGCUUAUUAUUAGAAGCAUAAGCCUCUGGACUACACAAGGUGCAAAUCUGUGAGAACUGUUUUCGAACUGUAGCUAAAGGCACAACUAUCAACUAUUUAUUUAUUUAUUUAUUUAUUUCUACAUUUUCUAAAUUAUUUAUUCAUUUCAUCAUCUUUAUUUAUUUUUAAGAUUAGGAAAAAUAUCAAAGCAGUACUGUAGGUGACAUUUAUUGAAGGGGGCAGUUUAACUAUUCAAACUUUUUUUAGAAAUUGGGCCUUAUUAACUGAUGAUGACCGCAAAUACAUUUAAACUAACUUUCUAAUUACCCUCCCAAUGUUGAAGCUGGGUUAUUGUAAAUGAGGUGGUUUGUGCUCAAGUCAUCUCCAAAUGGGGGCUUUCUCCACAACCUCCCAUGCACAUCUAUUCGUCGCUCUCUGAAAACAUAUCUUUGUGCUGUACACAUGGCCUCUUGCAUGAGCGCAUACACAGCGAGAUCUUGCAAAG